AUGGGUGGGGCCAACCAGACAGCUGCGACAGAAUAUGUCCUGCUGGGGCUACACGGCCACCAUAACAUAGAGAUGGUCCUGUUUGUGCUCUGCCUGGGCAUCUACUUGGUGAAUGUGCUGGGGAACGCCCUCCUCAUAGGGCUGAACAUGCUGGACCCCCGCCUGCACAGCCCCAUGUACUUCUUCCUCAGCAAUCUCUCUCUCAUAGACAUCUGUGGCACAUCCUCCUUUGAGCCCCUCAUGCUGGUCAACUUCCUGGAAGCCCAAAGGACCAUCUCUUUCCCUGGCUGUGCCCUGCAGAUGUACCUGACCCUGGCGCUAGGCUCCACGGAGUGCCUGCUCUUGGCCGUGAUGGCAUACGACCGUUAUGUGGCUAUCUGCCAGCCUCUUAGGUACUCAGAGCUCAUGAGUGGACAGACUUGCAUGCUGAUGGCAGUGCUGAGCUGGGGGACAGGCUUUGCCAACUCACUGCUGCAGUCCAUUGUCACCUGGAGCCUCCCCUUCUGUGGCCACAAUGUCAUUAACCACUUCUUCUGUGAGAUCUUGGCAGUGCUGAAACUGGCCUGUGGGGACGUGUCUCUCAAUGCACUGCUUUUAAUGGUGGCCACAGCUGUCCUUUCCCUGGUCCCGCUCCUGCUCAUCUGCCUGUCCUACAUUUUCAUCCUGGCUGCCAUCCUGAGGGUGCCCUCCGCGGCAGGCCGGCGCAAAGCCUUCUCCACCUGCUCUGCCCACCUCACAGUGGUAGUGAUUUUCUAUGGGACUAUCUCCUUCAUGUACUUGAAGCCCGAGGCCAAGGACCCUGACUUGGAUAAGAUUAUUGCGUUGUUCUAUGGGGUUGUGACACCCUCACUGAAUCCCAUUAUCUACAGCCUGAGAAAUGCAGAGGUAAAAGCUGCUGCCAUCGCUCUGCUGGGCAGAAAUCUGCUCUCCAGGAAAAUGUUCCGCUUUUCCUGCUGCUCUCCAGCCCUACCCAGCAGGACAGGCUAG